UUCCAUUUCUCCGUCAUAAAUCUCUCCGUCUCUCUCUCUCCGUCUCUUUCUCUCUCUCUCUUCGUCCUCUUCCUCCUCGUCCUCCUCGCGCGGUCGAUGAGUUGAUCCUACGUCGCAUUUCCCGAUCUAGGGUUAGGGUUAGGGUUUUGGUAUCGGAAUGUCGCAGAACGGGAAGCUGCUGCCGAACCUGGACCAGCAUAGCACGAAGGCGCUCAACCUCACAGUGCUCCAGCGGAUCGAUCCCUUCGUCGAGGAAAUCCUCAUCACCGCCGCCCACGUCACCUUCUACGAGUUCAACAUCGAUCUCAACCAAUGGAGUCGCAAGGAUGUCGAGGGAUCGCUCUUUGUAGUGAAGAGGAAUACACAGCCCAGAUUUCAGUUCAUUGUCAUGAAUAGACGCAAUACAGAUAAUUUGGUUGAGGAUCUCUUGGGAGAUUUUGAGUAUGAAGUCCAGGUACCAUAUUUAUUGUACCGAAAUGCAGCACAAGAAGUUAAUGGAAUAUGGUUUUACAACUCUCAAGACUGUGAAGCGGUUGCAAAUCUUUUUAGCAGGAUACUUAAUGCUUACUCGAAGGUCCCUCCAAAGCCCAAAGUAUCCUCAACAAAAAGUGAAUUUGAGGAACUAGAAGCAGUGCCUAGUUUAUCCGUAAUCGAAGGCCCUCUUGAACCACCAACAUCAUCUGCUGCUACACCUGCUUCGGAUGUUCCAGACGAUUCUUUUUUGAACUUUUUCAGUCAAGCAAUAAGUAUGGGUAGCAAUGCAUCAAAUGCAUCCAUCGCAGCUCAACCACGGCAACCUUCUCCAAGUAUUCCUUUGACCUCCCAUGCACCAUCCGUCACACCAUCGCCACUUCCACCAUUUCAACCCUCUGCUUCUCCAGCGCCAUCUACUCCUCCCGUGGCACUUCUCGAAACUAAUGAAUCCAGCACUGCCAUCAAUAACCGUGCAGCAAAUCUAGUAAAACCCUCAUUUUUCUCGCCCACCCCAUCAUUAUCAUCAUCAGUGCCAUCAUCACCACCGCAGUUAGUGAUGCCACCAAUCUCAGCUUCCGCUGUCUCAGCUUCCGUGCCAACCGCACCUCCACUUCAUCCGCCUGUGACCAUGCAGCGGCCAUAUGGUGCUCCAUUACUUCAACCCUUUCCUCCACCCACUCCACCUCCUUCGCUCACCCCGGCUGCUACAACUUAUGGUCCGGUUAUUACAAGAGAUAAAGUUCGUGAGGCAUUAGCGAAGCUCGUACAGGAUGAUCAUUUCAUUGAUAUAGUAUAUCGGGAGAUUUUGGAUGCUCAUCAAUCGUAAUUAAGACAGGAACGGAUCCCUUGCAUCAGUCCAUGUUGGCUUCUCAUUUCCUGUGUGUAGUAUGGAAUAUUCUAUUUCAAUAUUAAGAACCUUGUCUCGUACAUAUAUUUUUCGUGUGUGUAAAUGAGAAGAGUGACCGUUUGAUUUGGUUUGAGUUUUAUUUGGGACUGCGUAAAACACCUGUGUUAUUGUUAGCUUGAGAGAUUAAUGAACAGAUGCUUUUCCCAGAGUUGCUCUGGUUUUCCUAGUGUUUGAA